CGGCGACGGUGGUGACGACGUAAUGCGCGCGUGAUCUUCAAUUUGUCGUCGACAAUCAUACCGCUAUAUUUGAUAAGAAAAAAUAAAAAUUGUUUACGACGUUAUUCUUUGACCGGACGGUCGUCACCGCCGAUAGUUGCUAAUAUACGUUUUGUCUCAUGUCGUUAUCUCAAUAUUAAUAAUAAUAAUCAUAUUAGGUAUAUCAACCAUUAAAACAAUUAUUAAUUGUUUUAUGACAGUUUCGAUCUCGAUUUAAAUAUUAUUCGUAUUUACGGGAAUUGUUACAAUACUUGCGACUUCACUGUCCGACGGCGACAAUUCGCACUGUUGAUAACCAAAUACGUUGAUGUCAAACAUUCAAUGUGGUCUUAAGAUGUGUCCUUAUGAACGGAGAAUACGCUCAGCCACAGCACAUUUCAGAUGCCAUCUACCUAGGUGCUGCCAUCGUACUGAGUAUUAUCGGAAUAGUUGGAUUUCUUUUCAACACCUGUGUAAUUUUCAUAAUGAUUAGAGAUCCACGGCUAUGGACCCCUCAAAACGUGAUAAUAUUCAACUUAGCAACGUCUGACUUGGCCGUUUCUGUAUUGGGGAACCCAGUUACUUUAGCCGCUGCCAUCACCAAAGGCUGGAUUUUUGGUCAAACCAUAUGUGUUAUCUAUGGAUUUUUUAUGGCAUUAUUUGGAAUAGCAUCAAUUACAACUUUAACUGUGUUGGCGUACGAUCGGUAUUUAAUGAUACGCUAUCCGUUCAGCAGCAGCAGGUUAACCAAGGAAACUGCACUAUACGCAGUAGCUGGAAUAUGGAUAUAUGCAUUUGCUGUGACAGGACCUCCGUUGUUUGGAUGGAAUCGUUACGUAAACGAAUCUGCAAACAUCAGUUGUUCAGUAGAUUGGGAGAGUGGCGAACAUAGUAAUUAUGUCAUUUACAUAUUUGUUUUUGGACUAUUUCUACCAGUUACUGUGAUAAUCUAUUCGUAUGUGAGCCUCGUCGUUACAGUGAGAAAGAGAGCUGCUGAAAAAAUCAUCGGUCAAGCGACCAAAGCGGAAUGCAGGGUAGCCAUUAUGGUGGCCGUGAUGAUAUUGGCGUUUUUAACUGCGUGGAUGCCGUACUCAGUGUUAGCUCUCAUGAUUGCAUUCGGCGGCGUCCACAUCAGUCCGGUCGUCAGCAUAAUACCGGCUUUGUGCGCUAAGUCAAGCAUAUGCUGGAAUCCAAUUAUCUACAUUGGACUCAAUACGCAGUUCCGGUCGGCGUGGAAACGGUUCCUGAAAAUCCCAGGUACGGUGUCGGAAGUCUCGCUGGAUGCCGACAUCACCACAGGUAUGACUAAGCUGAUGACCGGUCACCAAGAGCUACCGGUGCAUCCCGGAAACAACGUCGACGCCGACCACCCGUCGGGUUUGAUAAUGUGCUGCUUGGCGCACGACGAACACCGGCGGUCCGCGACAUACGUCGAUCAGUACGAGUGUAAUCUCGAAAUGAAGUCAUGCAAUCCACAAACUCUAAGCAAACAAACCGAAACAAACCUCGGCGACGUUUCUUUGUGAAUAUAUUAAUAGUACCUAAAUAAUAUCAAAAUACUACGACAAGCGUCGAAACAAAAAAAAAUAAAAUAUAUAUAGUUACAUUCUAAGUUGGCUUCG